AUGGGCUUAAGUAUCGACAAAAUCAAUCCAGAAAAAAUUUCAUUUACUUCUGGCAUGAAAAUCGUGAAUGUCAAUCAUGCUGGUACCGUUUACUUUGUUCAACACAAGGUUAAAGAAAUCGACGCGACAGAAGUAAUCAAUGAUCAACUUGAAAAAAGAUCGCAUUAUGGAAUUGCUGUUGAUAUAACUGGAUCAUCAAAUGAACAACAUUUAAUUGCCACUCAUUUUGAUUUAUACAUUCGAAGUUCGACAAACUAUACAACACAAGUGAUCGCUGAUCACAAAACAGAUGAAUGGAAUUAUUAUCUUCGAGUCGAUAAAGUUGGUAAAAUACCAUAUGAACAAAUUUUGGCUUUUUAUUUACCCGAACAUUAUGCAGAUUAUCUUAAAUCCAAUUUAAUUCAAUAUGUAUUUAAUCCUUUAUGUCGAUCGAACGAUGGUCCAACAUGGUCAAAUAUUCUCAAUUGUCAAACUUUCACACGCAACAGCAUUAAUUAUUUGGAAUGUGAAUUUCCAUCGUCUGUUCGAAUAACAAGCGAUUGCAUUCCCACAAUGAUGGACUUCUAUAUACAAGCAAACAAAUGA